AUGAAAUCUCAGCAAAAUAUCAAAGAAGAGGGUUCCAUCCCGGUCCUUGGCGGGAUGUCCCAAGAGGAGGGGCACAGGGCGCAGAUGUCCGCAACUUAUUUCCAACCCACGGCAAACUUGGACGUGGAUUUGACGGGUAAAGUUUUCAAGAGCGAGGUGGGAGAAGCGCACUAUCCAGAGCUAGCGGACGGCAAAAUGUCAAGCAAGACGUCUAUGGUGGAGCAGAACGUGGACAAUUCGCAGCAGUUUUUCAGCGAGUCUGGGGCGGAGCAGGAGGGAAAGCAAACGGGCGAGGACGGCGGCUCGUCCGAAGAGUCCGACGACGAGGAGGAGGAUGGCGAAGAGGAAGAUGAAGAGGAGAGCGAGUUCAAGCGCGAGCAGAUCAUCGUGGAGGUGAAUCUCAACAACCAGACGCUGUGUGUUUCCAAAGGCGACAGCAAAGCGGAGGACUCGGACAUGGAGUUGAAUGACGAGGACGAUGAGGACGAGGAGGAGGAGGAGGAAGAGAGCGAAGAAUCUGAGGAAGAGGAGGAGGAUCUCGAAAGUCUCAACGAGCAAUCGGAAAGAGCGCUCAAAGGCCUACACAAAAGUGCCGACAACACAGAUGCCCCGGCAACAAGGAAAAGCAUGCAGAGAGCUCUGAGCCCUUCCACCACAGAGACAGUGGGGGUGACCACAAGAGGGCGCCUUAAGAACACCAAGGCCGCGAAGGGCAAGAGGAGACUUAGGAGUGGUCAUCAGUCCGGCGGAGGCUCCUCGGUGGGGGGAGACAAAGUGGAAGUGGAGGAGAAGGAGAUGCUGGCGUGUGAGAAGUGCCCGCGGGUCUUCAACACGCGCUGGUACCUGGAGAAGCACAUGAACGUGACGCACAGACGGAUGCAGAUCUGCGACAAGUGCGGGAAGAAGUUUGUCCUGGAGAGCGAGCUGGCCCUGCACCAGCAGACCGACUGUGAGAGGAACAUACAGUGCAUCUCCUGUAAUAAAUCCUUCAAGAAGCUUUGGUCACUUCACGAACACAUAAAGAUUGUCCAUGGAUACGCAGAAAAGAAGUUCUCCUGUGAAAUUUGUGAGAAGAAGUUUUACACAAUGGCCCAUGUCCGAAAGCACAUGGUCGCCCACACAAAGGACAUGCCCUUCACCUGCGAGACCUGCGGGAAGUCCUUCAAACGCAGCAUGUCUCUGAAGGUGCAUUCUCUGCAGCACUCGGGGGAGAAGCCUUUUCGCUGUGAGAACUGUGACGAGCGUUUCCAGUACAAAUACCAGCUGCGCUCCCACAUGAGCAUCCACAUCGGACACAAGCAGUUCAUGUGCCAGUGGUGCGGCAAAGACUUCAACAUGAAGCAGUAUUUCGACGAACACAUGAAAACACACACAGGAGAGAAGCCGUUCAUCUGUGAGAUCUGUGGGAAGAGUUUUACGAGUCGUCCCAACAUGAAGCGACACCGGCGUACGCACACGGGCGAGAAGCCGUACCCCUGUGAGGUGUGCGGCCAGCGCUUCCGCUUCUCCAACAUGCUGAAAGCUCACAAAGAGAAGUGCUUCCGGGUCACCACCCCCAUGGUGCUGCAGGGCAGCCCUUCUAUCCCUGUGCGGGUCUUCACUAACACAUUCUCCACUAGUUCCAGCCCCGGACCCUCCACCCCAGGCCCCACCUCCACCUCAGCUGCUCUGGGCCUCAGCGCCUCUGCCGCCGCUCUGCCUCAGAGAGUGGGACACACGUACGCUCAUGUCCCGCUCCCGUCACCCCCAACAUCCACACACCUUACCAGCCCCCCACCGCACCUCCUUGCUGUUCAACCUGUGCCACACCUGCCCCCACCGCCCGCCCUCUUCAAGAGCGAGGGUCUGAACCACUGUGGCCAUGAAGACAGUUACCUGCACCACAUGGGCCCCACAGAGAAGCACCACUGA